CAUCCAAUCGGCGCAUGCGUCUCACGAACGAGCGUAGCUGGGAAAAGAUGGCGGCGGGCUCCGAUUUGCUGGGUGAUGUUUUCUUGAGCACAGAGGUGGACGAAAAAGUAGUUAGUGACCUAGAUGGAUCCCUGGAGUCUGAACUAACAGAAACAAGGCGCGAUAACACAACCGCUAGGGCCCCGUCUGCAGAAAAUCAUGGCGGAAACUCAGCUCUAGGUAGUAGUUUAAAUGUUCAGGGUAGCAAAAUGGGACUUUCACAACAAGAGCUUGCUAAAGCAGGGACAGGAGCGCAAGGAGGUGUCAGUAACAGUACGGGGUCCCUGGGUUCAAGCAUGGAUGGGGCAGCAGGGAUCACAUCGACGGCAGGACCGAGUGUGACAGCCACUCAGAGUCAGUCCAAGUCGGACGCAGCCAGCGGAGUUGUUAUGGUUACACUAGAUGCAACAGCUGGCGCUGGCAGACCUGGAGCGACCGAUGCGCAAACACUGAAUGGAGGUGCCGUGGUGAUGAACUGUCAAAUAACCGCAGGCGGACCCGCUGACAGCAACAACUCGCAGCCCGGUGCUGUCACACUCUUCAACAACGGACCUGUUUCUGUGAGCAAACCAAGCGCAGCAGGUCUGCCUGGAACACCUAGUACUAUUAUCCGAGCUACUUUGAACGCGCAAAAUGUUGUGACUUCGUCUGUUAUCUCGUCCCAGCCUUCUGUGAAAACUGUUCCCACAAUCACGCUGGUGAGGCCACCUAUGCAAACAUCCAUGAACCCUUCACAAAGUACAGGCAGUCCAACCACAGUUUUAACAUCACCGUCUGUCAGUGUUACCAGCACAACUGGCUCUCCUGCUAGCAAAACUGACUGCCCAAAAGUUAUCUUGCCUACUGGUGCCCACGUCGUGGCUUCAGUUGUUGCUACAGGGACGACAGCGACAGUGAGGAGUCCGACUGUUUUGCAGGGCUUGAGGACUUCAGUACCUUCAACAGUUGCUGCAACUCCUCCCGGUGGAAUACGAACUAUUGUUCCACAGGUGUUAGCUCCUCGACUCGCUCAGCCUCAACAAAACGCCCCAAAUAUCCAAAACAUUCAGCUGCCUCCAGGAAUGGUCUUGGUUCGCAGUGAGAGUGGGCAACUGCUGAUGAUUCCCCAGCAGGCUUUGGCUCAAAUGCAAGCUCAGUCGCAGUCACAAAGCGCCAUGACUCCACGACCUCCAGCUCCCACAAGCACUCCACCUGUCCAGAUCACAUCCCUACAGGCACCAGGUGCACCACUGCUGGCUCGUCCUGUUACUCCCACCACCAUUAUUAAACAGUGUUCCACAGUUCAGACCACUGUGACAGCUACCACCGCACUACAGAGGCCUCCUGUUCUGCAGAACACCAUCAUGCUGGGAGGGGUUGCUACCACCGCAGGACAGCCGCUAGGAACCGCCACCACAGUGCAGCCCGGAUCCGCCUCCACAGCAGUAGCACAGAGGGUGGGGCCCGUUGGAGCUACUGCAACCCCUGUCACUCCGACACCUGUCACAGCUGAGACGCUGGAGAAUGUGAAAAAAUGUAGAAAUUUUCUGUCGACACUGAUCAAGCUGGCAUCCAGCGGGAAACAGUCGUCUGAGACCACAGCCAAUGUUAAGGAGCUCGUCAAGAACCUACUGGAAGCAAAGAUAGAGCCAGAAGAUUUUACCAGUAGGUUAUACCAGGAGCUCAACUCAUCACCGCAGCCAUACCUUGUACCUUUUCUCAAGAGAAGUCUUCCAGCGCUGCGCCAGAUGACCCCAGAUUCAGAGGCCUUCAUCCAACAAAGCCUGCUGCCUCAGCUGAGCCCUCAGCCUGCAGCAGCAGCCUCCACAGCACUCACUGCUGUGGUGCUGCGACCUCCUCUCUCCACCACCAUCACUACAACCACCAGCCCUGCCACAACCAAAACCACAGUUAUCAGCCUUACACAGACGCCUCACAGUAAACCGGGACUGAUAGUACCCCAGCAACAGGGGACCAUUGUGAGGCCACCGGUGACGCUGGCUCAGUCUGCCGUGGUAACACUGAGAGGACAAGCUCACAGUCGCAUCAUCGUGGGCCAGCCACAGGUUAUCAAACAGCUACAAACAAUACCAGCAGUGAAGCAGACAUUGGCUCCAGCACCCAAAGGAAUACAAGCUUUCAGUCAGCCUUCCUUCGGUGCAGCUCAGAAGAACAAGCUGAAGGAAGGAGGAGGCACUUUCAGGGACGAUGACGAUAUCAACGAUGUGGCCUCAAUGGCAGGAGUCAACUUGUCAGAAGAGAGUGCCCGUAUCUUAGCAACCAACUCCGAGCUUGUUGGCAUGGUGACUCGUUCCUGUAAGGACGAGACCUUCCUUUCCACCUCUUUACUCACCCGGAUAGUUCUGGACAUUGGUAAGAAGUUCAGUGUCAGUGAGUUGGGCACAGAUGUGAUCAACUACAUUUCCCAUGCCACACAGCAACGCCUGCAAGACAUACUGGAAAAGGUGUCGCAUGUUGCACAGCAGAAGAACUUGACUUUUAAGGAAGAUGAACAGUAUGAGCAGGCGAGCGAUGUGCGAACCCAGCUCAAAUUCUUUGAGCAGCUGGAUCAAAUGGAGAAGCAAAGGAAGGAAGAGCAGGAGAGAGAGAUCCUCUUGAAAGCUGCCAAGUCUCGGUCACGGCAAGAAGACCCGGAGCAACUCCGACUGAAACAGAAGGCCAAAGAAAUGCAGCAGCAGGAGCUGGCUCAAAUCAGGCAGAGAGAAGCCAACCUAACAGCGCUGGCAGCAAUCGGCCCAAGGAAAAAGCGGAAAAUGGACUCACCGGGUAGAGGUGCCAAUGCAGAGGGAUCAGGGUCGUGUCCCUCUCAGACUGGAGGCUCAGGUGGAACAGGCUCCAGACAGUUUAUGCGACAGCGCAUCACUAGAGUCAACCUCAGGGACCUGCUCUUCUGUCUGGAGAAUGAAAGAGGAACCAGUCACUCACACCUGCUCUAUAAAGGCUUCCUCAAAUAGCACCCGCAUUAAAAUGACUAGUUUCACUCAGUGGCAUUAAGGAGGCAGAGUGGACCAUCGGCUCCGACCCUUCCUGCCGGUACUUCCUUUGAUCACCCACUGUUGAAUUAUGAGGCAUCUGUCUGUGGGAGUCAUGCUGAAGAGACCUUGGCUUUCAAAAGCCUCUUAAAGAAAAGGACUUUUGUAUUUUCAGUGGAGAAAUGGAGCAAAUAUUGGAACUUGGCCCUGAAUUCAGUGCGCCUCUCAGCUCUGCAGUUACAACCAACCACACUCGAUGAAGAUGCACUGCCUCAUGCUACACAAAAGAACAAUGUCUUUACCAAACCGAACACUUCAGAUUUAAAACGUGUGUCAGUGGCGUCUGUGCUGUAGCAGCAAAUCUCUUUGAAGUGCUUGGCAGACACUCUUGUUUAUUUAAGUCGUUAACAGAGAUUUUAAUUUAUCGUACAUUUAUACUAUAUUUUAGCAAUGCCUGUGGAUCGUUUUACAGAGAUUAAUCUUAACCGGUCUUAUCAUCUGCUGAGUUGCCUUCUUAACAGUUUAAGCCAUAUGGAUUAGAAUGUGUUGAUCAAGGAAUUUUAUAUAUCCAACACUUCUCUCCAGAUUUGUAGAAUGAGAGGAUUUUUUAGGGAUACAGUUGUUGUUGUUGGUUGGCUGUUGUUUUGUUUUAUUUCUUUUUUAUCUUUGUCUGUGAUUGGAAUCAAUGAUAUUUUAUGUGUCAUGUAUUGUGUGCAGUGUAGAGGUGGUAUUAGAGCUCACUGUCAUAGGAUUUCUGAUUUAUGGUGAGAGUUCUUGCACAAAUUUUGAAGUCUUUUUAAUUAGGGUCUUGUAUUUUCUACAGAGAAUUUAAAUACUUUAUGUCGCUCGUCAGUAAUUAAAAGCAACUAGGUAAGAUGUACUCAUAAGGUAUCGUGACUCCACCCUUUACCUGUCAGCUUUACCUGACUUAAAUUUGUGCCAUCUCCUUUUAAACCUCUGGAGCGCUCCACCACAUACAAGCCUAGAGAUCGGUUGGCAACCAUCUGGUAAUCGCCAGUCAGAAGGGGGAAAUGCGCAUUUUUCCAACCAGUUGCAAGUAGUUACUGUAGGUUGCUGGCAACUACUGUGAAAUAAAUUUCUUAUGGUCCAUUCAGGCAGCAGUUAGGCUGGUCAGUGACCCUUGGUAACCACUUGUUGCCAGGGAAAAGGAUGUAUUCUGCCAAUGAUUGGUGAAUGUUUGCUUGAGGUUGUUGCUGUUUCUAAUGUGAAGUUGGUUCCCUAGAAGUAUAUGGUGCUGCACUGAACAUCUCCUUGCAGUUGCUAGCAGGUUGCCACCGUCAUCUGUAGUUUGUCUGAACAACAGAAUGUGACUUCUGUUGCACUUGUGCAUGUAGAAAUGAUAAACAAAGCAUACUGAGGGUAUACGCUGUUAUGGGUGGAGCUGCAAAACUUUGACUGCAACUGUUUAGUACUGAGAUUUCCUUUCCCAUCUCCAGCUGCUAGUAGCGUUAAUACAUUUCUUCACUGAUGUCAGUAUGACAUUUACGUCAAGAACUGAAUCACAGUGAAAAUCCUCUCCAAAGAAAUUGUUAUUCAUCACAGUGUGAUUGCAGUCAUCGGUGUAAACUUUUAGCGGCAGAUUUUCUGCAGUGGAAGCGAGCUCACGGUCCACAUAUUUAGAAGAGCAGAGAAAAAUGAAAAAUUUAAAUUCUGAAAACAAAAAUGGUAAUUUUACUCCUUUUCUUGAAAAUUGUCGCAAAUAAAUAAGCCGGGUUUUGUUUGUUUUUGUUUUUUAUGAUGCCUUUAUUUAAUAUCACCCACAGAACUAAAGACUUACCAAGUAAGACUAGGUUGUUAUGAUUUUGGAAAUGAAAUGGCUCUUAAUAAUUUAACAUAGCCAGGUUGGGGGUAUUUUUACUGUAAUGUGAUUUUUAAAGUCAAUUUUAAAAUCGAUUCUAAUAUUAUUACUAAUUUCAGCGAUUUAAGUGAAUUACAUUUUUUUCAAUAAGUUGAAUGUCCACACUUUUUUUUAUUUAUGAAUGAUAGAGGUUAUUUUGGGUAAACGUGAAAUGCAGAGCAACAACUGCACUUUGACAGAUCAGUUUUCUAAAACUAAUCAAUCAAAUGAACAUACCUUCUAUAAAUUGUUUAUAUUUUUGUGCACAUACUAAUUUUUGUCUUUAUACCUUUAGCAUUUUAUGACAAGAUGUUUAUCAGCAAGUUUUAUUACUGUAUAUACUUAAGUUGCUCUUUGUAGAUUUACUUGACAAUUUUGAAUUACGAAAAAAUGUCUUAUUUUUCUUGUACAAUUAUGUGACAAAAGGAGACAAAAAUAUUAUGCUUUCUUGCCAAUAUCUUGUAAAAUUUGCACAGCUACUUGUUUAUAUGUAAAUAGAGGAUUUUCAAACAAAAAGGUUUUUAAUUGCUAUUUUAUAAUGGAUUGAGAGAAAAAGUUCUCCAAAUAAAACAUAAACAACUA